CAUUUAUAAGACAGAGUAAUUCCACAUGACUUCUCAGUACGAUCGUUGUCAACACCUUGAGCCAUAUUGCGCUUCGGAAAGAAAACGCGAGGUCAUCAAUUUACCUCAGUUUCGUACAGAAAAGCGAGUAAUUAAACAUAUUCUGAGUAACCGGUAUUACUCGAAUAAUUCUUUAUUAGAAGCGAUAACGACAAACAACGAUUAAAGUUAUUAAAGUGCCGAGUUCGGAAAAUAAAAAAUAUCUUUUUUAAUAUCUUCUUAAACCUUCAUUGUAAAUGUUUACAAGAUCACACUACUUACGAGAUUACAAAGUAUUGAGACUUAAGCUUAAACUUCAUUGGAUUAUUCAACAAUUGAAUAAUUCUUCAAAAACAACAUAAAACUACCAUUGGAUUACUUCUUCUCGCAAGUUAGUUGCUUGAUUCAUCAGAGCAACCACUCAAUUAGUGAUUCAAGAAAGACAAACUAAGUAGUCUCGGCGAAUAUUCAUUCCUAUUAAAGAAUGAGGGGAUCGUUGGUCAUCCUAUUCGUUUUGACGGUCAUAACUGUCCAUUCACCGGUGGAGGGGAAGAUAUUCGAGCAAUGCGAAGCUGUAAAAGAGCUGCAGAAAGCUAAAAUCAGUAGGUCCUUCUUCAGCAAUUGGAUCUGUCUGAUGAAAAGCGAAAGUGGGAUGAACACCACGCUGACGACUGGUCCAAAAACAGCCUCCAGCUAUUCUUAUGGUAUACUUCAGAUCAACAGUAACAAAUGGUGCGCCAGAGGACGUACAGGUGGCAACUGUAAUAAGCGCUGCGAAGACUUCCUGAACGAUGAUAUACAGGACGAUAUUGCGUGUGCCAAGAAAAUCCUCGAUCAGGACGGAUUCAAGGCUUGGGAUGGAUGGAUGAAAAAGUGCAAGAACAAACCGCUACCGGACAUCUCAAACUGUAUACGUAGGAGAAGAAUGGCCGAGAUUGAGAUCGAUCCGAUUUUAGUAAUCGAGAAAGACGAUUUUAAUACUUGCCAAAUAGUCUCGGCGAAUAUUCAUUCACGUUAUAAAAUGAUGGGUUUGUGGAUGAUCCUGUUCAUUCUGAUGAUUGUAACUGCGCAUUCGCCGGUGGAGGGAAAGAUAUACACACAAUGCGAGGCUGCAAGGCAGUUAGCGAUAGCCAGAAUCAGUAGGUCCUUCAUCAGCAACUGGGUCUGCCUGAUGAAAUACGAAAGUAGGAUGGACACGCACCUGGUAACUGGUCCAAAGAGAGGUUCCAGCUAUUCUUAUGGUAUCCUUCAGAUCAACAGUGCCGAGUGGUGCACCAGAGGGCAUAGAGGUGGCAAAUGCAAUAAGCGCUGCGAGGACUACCUGAGUGAUGAUAUACAGGAAGACAUCGUGUGCGCCAAGAAGAUAUUCGAUCAGCACGGAUUCAAGGCUUGGGAUGGAUGGGUCAAGAAUUGCAAGAACAAACCACUGCCGAACCUCGCACACUGCUUCCGGCAGAAAAGAAUGGCGACCAAAAUCGAGACUGAUUCUGUGAUGAUUGGGUGAUUGCGACGUUAUUUGACACAUUGACUGCAAUCAAUACAAGACUCAAAUUAAUUUUACUUUUAAUUUCACUGCUUGUAAUCUUUCACGAAUUAAAUUUUACUAACUUACAUAAUUGAUUCCAUCAAAUCAUUUCAACAGAUUGCGUAUCUGUUUCCAUUUAAAGGAUUCAUCUAAUUGCGCGCACCGUACCUGUUGAUCGUAAUAAAAACAAAGUACGCUGUAUGUUUUAUAAAUAUGAAUCUAAACGGAUUGGAUCAACGCCACUUAUGAUGUAAUGCUUUACAGCCAUCUUAAACCCACGUUGCACAGCUUGACAGACUACGCGAAAUGGUUUAGAAAUUCCGACUGUUAGAAUCGCAAAACUGUACGUGAUGAGAUUUCGCUGAUGUCUUCCCGAUUUCAUCCCUUUAUACUCAUGUUACGUGUGCGGCAUUCAAGAAGAUCGUUUUUGCUCCCAAGUCCGAGUGUCAUAUUUACGACAUUCAGAAAUAAGAUGGACAAACCUUAUGUAACUAAAUAUCUCUGUGUUGAAGUAUAAGG